AUGGCUAGCGCAGUCUCAGCUCCUGCGACGCACGAGACCGAAGCCUCUGUGAAGCCAAAGUCAUCGUCGUCUGUUCUUGACCCCUCGAACUUCCCUCAGACGCUUGACUCCAAGUCGAUUUACAUCUCUUUAGUCUAUGACCCUCUCGAUAUACCAACAUACCUUCGAUUCACUCGCUCUCCGACCGCAGGUGCAAAUGUCCUCUUCCUUGGAACUACUCGCAACAACUUCGACCAGCGUCCGGUCUCUCGGCUCUCAUACUCCGCGUACCCCUCUCUCGCGCUGAAAUCUCUUUUCGCGAUCGCCGAGGACGUGCAGAGGAAACACGGCGUAGAAAAGGUCGCCAUUGUUCACCGCCUCGGCGAAGUCAAGAUCGAAGAAGAGAGCAUUGCAGUUGUUGUCAGCAGCGGUCAUCGUGCCGGUGCUUGGAAAGCCGCGGAGGAGAUCCUAGAGAGGGUAAAAGCACGGGCUGAAAUCUGGAAGAGAGAGUGGUUUGCGGAUACUGGGGAAGUCGAGGAAGGCGUUUGGAGAGCAAACAGAGAUCGGGAUGGUCACGGCAACGUCAUACAACCAAGUUGA